AUGAUUUUACCCGGUGAUGAAAUCGAUGAUCGAUCUCAUUAUCCAACAUCAACUGGAGCACUUCGAGAACUUGGUUUAGUUCCAGUUAAUGCUGAAAGACAUCCUCCUCUACUGUGGAUUGAUGGAUUCAUCACAAUGGAAACUGCCGAAGCACUUCUACCAUAUCAAAGAGCAAAUAAGAUACCAUGCAUGGACUAUUUGUGCUUUAAAUCUACGAUUUUCACAGAAUUAAAUAAAGCUCGCAAAAAAUAUCCAUCGGCAUUCAACUUUUACACUCCAACAUAUGUGUUACCAGAUAACUUCCCAGAAUUCCAACGCAUGCACUCAUCUAUAUGCUCAAGGAACAACGAAGCACCAACUUGGGUCAUUAAACCAAAGAAUGGUUCAUGCGGAAAAGGAAUUAUCCUGAUCAAUUCUACUCACGAAGCGGAAGAAGUCCAAGAUCAUUCAGUCGCUCAGCUCUAUAUCCAUCCUUACUUACUUGACAAUUUGAAAUUCGAUUUUCGAUUCUUCGUAUUGGUUGCUUCACUUGACUCUCUUACAGUAUUUGUUUACAAAGAAGGAAUUGCAAGGUUUUGCACAGAACCAUACUCUCCUCCUUCAAAACAAAACAAGAAUCACCAGUUCUGCCAUUUAACUAACACUGCUGUUAACAAAAUGAGUAAUAAGAAUCCAGAAGACUUCACCCGAUUAGCAACUGAAGUUUUGAAGAGAUUUGGUGCAAAUGAAAAAAUUAUUUGGGAAAAAGUUAAACGUCUUUCAGCCCUUGCUAUUGCUGGCUUGUAUCCAGCAAUAAUGGCUACCCUUCCUAAAUAUGUCGAGCCAAAAGUUGAAUCAAAGACGUUAUUUAAACCAAAAACGGCCAGAGACAACAAAGCUAUGAAAUCAAGCAUAUCUAAAAGAAGAAGUUUAUCUCCAACACGCGAGAUGAUGCCAAAGAAAGUUCCUGGGCAAUCCCUGAAAAUUUUACCUGCGUUAAAUGAGGAAGAAGAAGAGGCCGCUACAGAGAAAACAGUAGUAAAAGAAGAACCAAAGGUCGAACUUAAACUUCCUGAAGAAACAGCUAAUAAAGAAUCAACAGAAAAAGAUAAUGAAGAUAUAGUUUCGACUUCAAGAACAUCUGAAGAAAAAUUCCAGUUGAAAGAGAUUAGAAAUACAAUACCAAGGAAAUUCUUCCACAUUCUUGGAAUUGACGUCAUGAUUGAUGAAAAUAUGGAACCUCAAUUCUUAGAAUUGAACGACAGACCAUCACUAUCUGUUACUGUUCCAUUCGAGAUGCCUCUUAAGAAGACAAUGAUCAUGGAUUCAUUCAAACACGUCACUCAUGACGGCGCUGUCACAAAUAUCGAAGCGGAAGGAAGCGGAUGGGAAAUCGCUUAUCCAUCAAAAGACCACGAACUUAAUAGCCAAGUUGCUUUGGCAAUGACCAGAAAAUCUGAUCUUAAAUAUUCAGGGUAUAUGCCAGGAAAAGGCGCCACAGCCAUGAGAAUAGUUGACAGUGGCAUCAAGAAGGAGUGGCAAAAAGAACAUCGCGCUCGUUUCGAAGAUCUCAGGCAAUCUAUGAAAGCGCCAAAAUUCGUCCACUACACCAAAGUUAUCUUAUAA